CCACAUGUUGGUACAGUCCUUGAUAGACACAGAAGAGACAGAAAGCUUAAGACUACAGGCUCUCACAUCUGUGCAGUGGAAUAAACCUAGAAUGAACAAAACUUUGGGUUCUGAUAGGAUGCCUGGGGACAUUCCUCCAAACCAAAGCCAAAGUACCCCAUUGGGAACGACAGAAACAUCUAGUACCCCGAAACAUCUACUAGACAAGCUGCAGAAAUUCCUGAAGGGGAAUCUAGAAGCACUGGGGGUGGCUCAGAUUAUGAUUGGUGUGAAAUGCUUCUUUUAUGGGAUAAUUGGAUUUCUUGCUCCUAAUUCUGAAAUGUACAGAAUCUUUUUCUUCUCAAUUUACGCAGGCUUCUCUUUCUGGGGGGCGCUGUCUUUUAUCAUUUCUGGAAUUCUGACUGUUGUGUCUGCCAAGAAGCAAACAAAGUCACUGCUGAGAGGGAAUCUAGGUGCCAACGCUCUCAGCACCUUGGUCUCGAUUGUUGGGAUCUGUAUUCUGUCCUACAAUUUAACAAAAAAUGGCCUCUACGAUUGCAAGAAGGAAACUCUCUGUUUGGGCAGCAAAUCAAUUGGAACUGGACUUGUGAUUGUCCUAAUUAUCCUAACUUGUCUGCAAAUUUUAAUUUCACUUCCUCUCUCCAUGCUCAACUAUAAAGUGGAUGACAAGAAUAUUCACUGGAUUUCUAUAUUGUUUUGCUGGAAAACACCUUCUGAAGCUCUUUACCAAGACUUGUUUCCUCAAACUUCAAUCUAUCAAGAACUUGACCGUAAGAAAGAAACACCUUCACGCUAUCCCACAGAUACUAGCAAACAAAUGUGAGGCUUCUCUUCUGUAUUUUCCAUCCACAGUGACAGCAAGAAGCUCAUCCUGUGACCACCAAGGCGUAAAUAUACCCAUGCGAGGAUACAACUGUGGGGUUCAGAGUCACAAAGAUAGAACUGGCAUUCAUAAUAUUAAGAAUUUGGUUGUCACGACUUUUUGAUUGGAUGUCAUCACAAGCUAGGUUUAUGCUCUGUUACAAAACUUAACCUAGAAAUAUUGCUGGCUUAGCAUACCAGAAGUUCAUUUACUUCCUACUUUACAUGUGCAUUAUCAGUUAGCUAUUUGCUUUAGACCCAUGCUGAUAUGGGUUCUAUCAAAUAGCAUGAUAUCUGGGAAAAGUUCUUUUAUUUUGCCAAGGUAAGGAAAUAAAAAGUUAGAAGUUGGACCUUUGGCAAUUAGAUACUUUGGUCUGGAAGAAGCAUGUCACCUUUUGCCACAGCCCAUUAAAUGGUCAUCUUCCCCGCACUGUGUGGGAGACAGGAAGUGUAGGGUGAUGUAAAGUUCCAAAGUUUAAUGUUUGAUGAAAAACAGUGAAGUAAACUUAGAGUUUCCUGAACUAAUUGUGAAAAUAGUUUGCAUGUUUGGUCCAUCACUUUUACACUCUGUGACUUUUGAUGUGUCUCUUCUGUGACUAAACAUCAGUUUCUUUAUCUCUUGAAUGAUCUAGUUUGUGCUUACUCAGUUCAGAUUGGGAUAUCCAUCAAGGGAAACAGUAAAUAAAGGGCAAAAAUACUUUUAACUAUAUGAAAUACUAUAACCUACAGCUAUUUAUAUGUAUAUAUAUAACCUAUAGGUUACAGUAUUUCAUUAAUAUAGUGUUAGGUUAAUUAAUCAUACUGCAUCAUUCUAAGGACAUUAAGCUUUUCUGGUGAUAUUUUAUGUAAAUAAGCUCAUAUAUAAAAGCUUGUGUUGCUCAAUUGGCCCACUGACAACUAAUCAAAAUGUUACCCCGUUCCUCUUGAAUAAUAAAACCAAAAAUCUUCAAAGUAAUUUUCAAAAGUAAAAUUAAUACUACGUUCCAUGAGAUCAAACAAUUCCAUUUCUGUUCUACACAACACAAUAACCACUAGACACAUAUGGCAAUUUAAAUUUAAAUUAUUUAAAAUUUUAAGAAAAUUAAAGACUGUUUUCUUAGUCUCAGUAACCAUAUUCCAAGUUGUCAAUGACCACUUGUGGCUGGUCCAAAAUAUUUAAGGGAAAAGAUGGGGAAAACUAAAAGGAAAAAUAGACAAAUAUACUAUUAUAUUUGGAGAACUCAACACCUCUUUGACAGCAACUGAUACAUCAACCAGGCAGAGAAGCAGUAAGGGUAUGGAUGACGCGAGCAGCUGUAUCAAUCAGGUUGAUCUAAUUGACAGUUAUAGACUUUUCCAUCCAACAACGGUACAUUUUUCUCAAAUGUACAUGGGAUAUUAACCAGUUGGUUACUUCAUGUGUUAAAACACAACUCAACAAAUUUAAAAGAAUAGAAAUCAUAUAAAAUAUGUUCUCAGAUAAUAACAGAAUUAUGAUAAGGGGAAAUUCAAAAUAUUUGGAAAUUAAAGAACAUAUUUCUACAUAGUCCACAGGGUCACAGAAUAGUUUUUAAAAUGUGUAAAAAUUGUGGGGUUUCUUUUGCCUUUUUUAGCACUUCUUGUGAUUUUUUUUUCCAAAACCAGAUGUAUCAUAUAAUGUAACAGAUGACUACAGAUAGAAACUUUUGUAGGGUUGGAUCAACAUGGUGCUAUGGACUGGGUGUCUGUGUUCCCCCUAUCUCAAAUUCAUAUGUUGAAACUCUAAACCCCAACAUCAUGGUUUUUGGAGCUGGGGGCUUAGGGAGGGAAUGCGGUAACAAGGGUGGAUCUGUCAUGAUGGAAUUAGUACCUUAUAAGAAAAGACAUGAGAGAACUUGCUUCCUCUCUUUGCUCUCUACUAUUUGAGCAUACAGUCAGAAAAUGGCUAUCUGGAAGCCAGGAAAAAACCUGACCAUGCUGGUACCCUGAUCUCAGACAUCCAGCCUCCAGUGCCAUGAGAAAUAAAUGUGUUUAAGCUA